CACCGGAACUCCGCACUCCCCUCUAUUCUCAUCGGAACUCCACACUCCCCUCUAUUCUCACCAGAACUCCACACUCCCCUCUAUUCUCACCGGAACUCCACACUCCCCUCUAUUCUCAUCGGAACUCCACACUCCCCUCUAUUCUCACCAGAACUCCACACUCCCCUCUAUUCCAACCGGAACUCCACACUCCCCUCUAUUCUCACCGAAACUCCACACUCCCCUCUAUUCCCACCAGAACUCCACACUCCCCUCUAUUCCCACCGGAACUCCACACUCCCCUCUAUUUCCACCAGAACUCCACACUCCCCUCUAUUCCCACCGGAACUCCACACUUCCCUCUAUUCCCACCGGAACUCCACACUCCCCUCUAUACUCACCGGAACUCCACACUCCCCUCUAUUCUCACCGGAACUCCACACUCCCCUCUAUUCUCACCGGAAUUCCACACUCCCCUCUAUUCUCACCAGAACUCCACACUCCCCUCUAUUCUCACCAGAACUCCACGCUCCCCUCUAUUCUCACCGGAACUCCACACUCCCCUCUAUUCUCACCAGAACUCCACACUCCCCUCUAUUCUCACCAGACAUGGCGCGCAGUCCUCACCAUAGCGCGAGAGGAGGAAUCGCGAGCGCGCGAGGCAAAACUUAAAUAGAAAAUAUUUUGUUGGAAUUAAAUAUGAGUAGUCUGUUGAAGCAUCUUGUCUUGCAAAAAAUUCGAGUGCGUUUUAAAUAGUGUUCAUCAGUAACACUUUUGAAAACCGACAAUCAUCAUAUCUUGCCCUGACCGAACAAUGUCUCCCAAAUGUUGGUUGUUCACUUGUUUAGAAUUAUGAUUUAUAUCGUGAGCAUUGUCGUAUAUUGCAUAAGUAACGUACAUUAAAGAAGUGAUCUUCGUGAUGAUGUAUUAACUAGAUGCAUGUAAGUAUGAACGUUACGGGAGUAAUCGAGCCCAAAGGCAGGCGUGAUAAACACAGUGAGUAUGGUGGCAACUCCCUCACUAGAGCUGAGUGCUGGAUGAUCUCAGCGACGUCCGCAUUCAGUACGCCGCUUCUAUAAUAACCUCGGGCCUGGAGGACGCUCGGUUCGAAUUCGUGAGAGCGCUGAUUUCGGUUUCAAAGAGGCGAGGCGAUAAAAGCGACGUCUUGAGAUGGCGGAAACUGCUCCUGCUCAACCACCAGCUGCGGCUACUUCAGCGCCUAAAAGCCCCAAGAAGAAGCGCGCCGCUCCAAAGGCCAAGAAGGUCGGCCCCAGCGUGUCCGAGCUCAUCCUCAAGGCUCUGGCCAGCAGCAAGGAGAGGAACGGCGUGUCUCUUCCUGCGCUCAAAAAGUCGCUUGCUGCCGGAGGAUACGACGUGGAGAAGAACAAUGCCCGCGUGAAGUUGGCCAUCAAGAAGCUCGUGGCCAAAGACGCCGUGGCGCAAGUGAAGGGCAGCGGCGCGUCUGGCUCUUUCAAACUCAACAAGGAAAAGGCUGCCGCAAAGGCGAAGCCCAAGUCGUCAACGGCAAAGCCCGCAGCUAAAAAGCCCGCGGCAGCCAAGAAGGUGAAGAAGCCCGCGGCAGCCAAGAAGACCGCGCCCAAGAAGUCUCCCAAGAAAGCAAAGAAGCCCGCGGCUGCCAAGGCGGCCAAGAGCCCCAAAAAGGUGAAGUCGGCUGUUAAGCCCAAGAAGGCGGCGAAGAGCCCAGCCAAGCCCAAGGCUGCGAAGCCCAAGGUCGCUAAGCCCAAGACCGUCAAGGCCAAGGCCGCCAAACCCAAGGUGGCCAAGCCCAAGAAGGCCGCGGCCAAGCCCAAGAAGACUGCGCCAAAGAAGUGAAUCCGAUGGGACGACCGACGCUCGAUUCACUCCACCUCAACGGCUCUUUUCAGAGCCACCCACUUCGUUAAAAAAGUGAACCAGAUGCUGCUGCGCUUCAAUUAGUUCAAAUUAACUGUGUAACAUUUCACCCACUCGAUGUGUUUUAAGCAUUGAUGUGAUGGGAGUGAUCGAGCCCGAAAGCAGGGAUCACAAACACAGGCGAGGCGGGUGGCAGCUCCCUCACUCGAACUGAGUGCAGAGUAAUCUCAGCGACGUCAGCAUUCUCGCUGGCGAUUCUAAUCUAAAUCCAGAUUCAAAAUCGAUGCAUUCUUGACGAACCUCCAAUUUUGAUUAUGUGUUGCACCUCUUCAUUCCGUCAUCAUGCUACUGGUGCCAAAUAUGGA